AUGACCGUGAGGCUGCGGAAGCUGCCCAUGGACCAUAGCGUUCGCCAGACCAUCCACUCCAACAAGUCGCAGCUGCUGACCACCCAGGACAACGGCGGGGAGGGCAUGGUCCCCAUCACAAAUUUCAUGGAUGCACAGUAUUAUGGCGAGAUCGGGCUGGGCACCCCCCCUCAGCCCUUCCAAGUUGUGUUUGACACUGGGAGCAGCAACCUGUGGAUUCCCUCCUCUAAGUGCAGCUACUUCUCCAUUGCCUGCUACCUGCACUCACAGUACAAUGCUGAGGCCUCCUCCACCUACCUGGAGGACGGGCGUGACUUUGCCAUCCAGUACGGCUCAGGCGCCCUCACUGGCUUCCUUUCCAACGAUGUUUUGACCCUGGGAGACCUCAAGAUCGAGGACCAGAUCUUUGCCGAGGCCGUGAAUGAGCCUGCCCUGGCUUUCAUCGCGGCACAGUUUGAUGGCAUCCUGGGACUGGGUUUCCCCGAGAUUGCCGUCAACAAGGUGCCACCCCCCUUCCAGCAAGCCCUGAAGCAGAAGCUGCUCGACGAGCCUGUCUUCUCCUUCUGGCUCAAUCGCAAGGUCGAGGACGGCGAGGCCGGCGGCGAGCUGGUGCUGGGCGGUGUCAAUAAGGACCACUACAAGGGGGAGCACGUCUGGGCGCCCAUCACGCGCCGCGGCUUCUGGCAGUUCAAGCUGGAUAGUCUGGAGGUCGAGGGCGUCGCCCUGGGCAAGGGUUCUUGCGAGGACGGCUGCCAGGCCAUCGCUGACACAGGGACCUCCCUCAUGGCCAUCGGCGCGAAGCCUGUGCUGGUGCAGCAGUGCCAGCAGAUGGUGCACGACUACGUCCCCGAGAUGAUCAAGAUCAUCAACACCAUGCCCCCCGGAGCCGUCUGCGCGACCGUGGGCCUCUGCGACUCCUCGUCCGCAGGCGUGGCCACCGACGUCAAGCGCAGCGCCGGCGCCCACCAGACGGCGGCCUACCGCCGGCUGCUGGAGACCUACGCCCCCGGCCACGCCGCGCAGUCGAGCACUGUCGGGAGCUGGGGCAUGCCCAGCAACGGCGAUGCCUGCCAGAUGUGCCAGUUUGUGGUGCAGUACGCCAAGGUGGCGCUGGCCAACAACGAGACCGCCGCCGAGAUCGUGGACAGCCUGGACACCGCCUGCGAGUCACUGUCCCUGGGCAGCGGCGGGGAGUCAUUGGUGGACUGCGCCAAGCUGCACACCAUGCCCGCCGUCACGCUGACCAUCUCCGGCAAGGAGUUUGUGCUCACUCCGGAGCAGUACAUCCUCAAGGUCGGCGCCAUGGGCCAGGAGCAGUGCAUCUCUGGUUUCAUGGGCCUGGAAAUUCCCCCUCCCCUGGGCCCCCUCUGGAUCCUGGGAGAUGUGUUCCUGGGUCCCUACCACACUGUUUUUGAUUAUGGGAACGAGAGGGUUGGCUUUGCGGAGGCUGCCUGA